CUCCGUGUCAUACUCCGCGUACAGCAACUCUGUUGCCCACGCCGCUCCUCUCGCCCAUGCCGCCAUUGCCCCUGUAGCUUACGGUGCAUACGCUGCCCCAUUAGCCCACGGUGCCAUCGCUGCCCCCUACGCCCAUGGUGCCGUUGCCUACGGUGCUCAUGGCGCCCACGGUCUCGGCUACGGUCGUUUGGGAUGGUAAAUAAGAACUUGAAUGGACCUUUACGUGCUGUGAUUAUAGUUAUACCGAUAGCGAACGUGAACCUUGCAUACUUGAUACAUAACUUAGAAAUAGCCAACAAAAUACUCAACUUAUUUAAAUGUCUUAAGUCAUGAUUGUUUAGAGGCUGUCUGAUUUUCUGUAAAUAGUUAAAAAGUUGUAACUGUGUGAAUCUUUUGCGAAAUAAAAGUAUUUAUUCGUA